GCCCGAAGGCUCCACUAGGUUGGCCUCGCAUGAGUCCGAGGUCGCCGCCAUCCUACAGAGUCCGCCUGGCCGCUUCAUCUGUCCGGACCCAGUUGGGCGCUCGCAGCCCGCGGCUCUCCGCUCCCUGUGUACACCCUUCGGAGCCUGGCCGCACCGCCUCGUUUGUCCGCAAUCCUACUGACCCUUCCCUUCCCGGUGCCCCCUGAGCCCGCUCCGGAACUCCCGGGGCGAGCGCUGCUCCCGCGUGGGAGCGGGUGCCCCAACUCCCCACAUCUCAGCCCUGCCCCUCAACUGACUUCCCCAGUUCAGGCCGGCGGAGGGGGUGGGAAAUGAGAGCUCCAAGUGACAGGAGGGCGGCGGUCUGAGAGCAGAGAAGGGGCGCAUCUACCUCUCCUGGGCGACUGAUGUCCCGGGGGAAGGGGGCACUGCUCGUGUGGAGGGCAGUGGCCACAGGCGCUGGGAAGGGAAGCCACGUGCGGGCCCCUCUAUUUGGCAAGAGUGGUCGCUGGCUAGAAGGUGGCCCUAGCAGAGCCUUGGGGUCGGUGUGGCAGCCAGCGCCCUGGGUGUGCGAACUGCAGCCCGCCCGCCGUAGGUAGAGAUGGACAGCAGGCAGGCGCGCCCCCAGAGGAAGACGCUACAGUGGCAGCUCGCUCAAGAGCAAGGGCAGCAGUCCCCGCCACACCACGGGCCCCCGGUCCAACCAGACACCAAGAGCAACCCCCAGGAGGACCUGCAGACCCAAGACUGGGUGUGUGAGCCUCCCGAGCGCCGGCGCCUGGGUAGCCGCUGGAAUGUCAGCAUCGACGAGCGCAGGCGCCUGGCCAUGCUGCAUGCACAGGACAGGACAAACACGCCCAGGGUCCCAUCUAGAGACAUGCUGGGCCUGCACCUCCCUGGCUGGCCAACUGUACCCUCCCCACUGACCGGGCCUGCCCCAGCCUCUCCCAACCAGGUCCCCGAAGCCAUGGUUGGUCCCCCGCAGGACAUUGUGCAGAUGGUGGCCGAGCUGGUGGCCGAGGGUGUGGACAGAGAUGUACUCCUGCCUCACCCGGUGCAUUCCUCCAUGUACCCCAGCGCCUUCCAGAACCUCGUGGCUCAGAGCACUCCCCUCUGGCAGAACGAGAACUUUGAGCCCCAUACCUCGAAGUCACCCCGUUUCUAAGAAGGAUCCCUGUUUA